CAGUACCUAAUCCGUAAGCUUUGUGUGGCACCAGGGGAGACUAAACCCACAUCGGCUGUGUUUUCAUUUUCUGAACUUGGACAGGAAAAUAUAUCAGCCAGAGGUCUGGCAUUUUCAGGAGUUAGCUGCCUUUCAGAGGGAAGUAACAGUCUGAAGAACAGCAAAUAUACUGAAGAAGUUCUUAGUGAGAGGAAAUCUCCAGUUGGGAGUGAUUUUGUCCGCAGAAGUUUGAUGGUGGAGCCAGAGGGCCUAGCCCGAGAAUACACAUACAGCGUGUUUUUGUGCCCCAAUGAGAAAAUUCAGAUUUCUACUCCCAACAAAUUUGAAUAUCAGUACGUUCAAAAACCUCAACGAAUGACGCACUUUGAUUUGACGGUGAAAGCCCAUAAUGAUGCCCAUGUGGCACUGUCUUCUGGACCUCAUGACAUGGCUGAAAUGAUUGAGAUUGUGUUUGGUGGACAGCAGAACUCUAAAACAUGGAUAACAACCAGCAAGAUGGGA